GCCUGUAGUAGCUUUCUCCAUUGCAAGCUAACUGGUGAAUAAACUUUACAAGUCAGCUUUCAAGAUGGGAUGUGACGGUGGCACGAUUCCUAAGAGACACGAGUUGGUGAAAGGACCCAAAAAAGUCGAAAAGGUUGAUAAAAAUGCAGAGUUAGCUGCCAAAUGGAAAUACUGUGCCUUGAGCCAGGAGAAACUCAGACGGCCCAUUGUUUCCUGUGAUCUGGGAAGGCUUUAUAACAAAGAUGCCAUCAUUGAAUACCUUCUGGAUAAGACUGCUGAGAGACCCAAUGCUGAAGCUGUAGCUCACAUCCGUGGGAUUAAGGAUAUAAAAGAACUGAACUUGACUGAUAACCCUGAGUGGGAGGGAGAGAGGAGGAAUACUAAAGGAGACAGAUAUGAGGACAUCCACUGCGGCAUGUUCAUUUGCCCUGUUGUCGGGUUGGAGAUGAAUGGCAAGCACAGGUUCUGUUACCUGCAGACCUGCGGCUGUGUCUUUUCUGACAGGGCCCUGAAAGAGGUCAAGACAGAAAUCUGCCAUAAGUGUGGGGACGCGUUUAAAGAUGAGGAUAUUGUGGUGCUCAAUGGCACCAAGGAAGAGGUGGAGAAGUUGAGGGAGAAGAUGGAAGAGAAGCGAAUCAAAGCCAAAACUAAGAAAUCAAAGAAGAGCAAAGCAGCUGAAACUGUGUCCACACCAUCGGAAUCAAAAGAUGACGCACAGUCUUCACAGGCGGAUGUAGAAGGGAGCUCACUACAGAAUGGUGGUGAAAGCAGACAAUCAGCUGUGGCUGGAUCGUCCGGAUUUUCCAGCUCCUCUAAAGGAACCAAGUCUUCGACAUCCUCCGCCACCAAAAGGUCCAUCCAGGAAAUGACAGAGAAGUCAGAGGCCUUCAAAUCACUUUUCACCACCCACAGUUCUGCCAAGCGCACUAAAGAUCAGACAUCCAACUGGGUCACCCACACCCCUUAUCACUUUUAGUAACUGUCACUCUGAGCAAAGAUCACCAUUUUUAGAUUGCCCCAGAUAUAGAGACCCAUUAAAGACCCAUCAUUGGUAAACCUAGUUCUGCAAACCCAACUUGAGUAGACGCACACGACCUCUAAUAAUGUCAUCAGUGUGUGGACUAACUCCCAACCUCUUUUCAGUCCCCAGUAGCUUAGUGUUUACAUGUUGUGAACAUUUUGUUAAUGGCUCCCCAAGCUGUUCAAACUCUUUGUUUUGUAACCUAAGUCCUCCCCCAUGUAUUUGCCAGUGUCUCCAUGUUCUCAGUCACAAGUGCUCUGAGAAUUGAUGCUAAGGUGACUUGAUUAUCUCUGUCACUCUGCUGUCUCCUAGUGGACAGAGUGCAGCUUUUUAAAGUCAUCUCCACAUGGUUAAAAAAGUAGUGCCAGGUGAUGUAAAGGAUUUCCCCCAUUAGGUAACGCAAGCAAGUAGAAAAGCUUUACAUCUAUAAAGCAAGUUCUUACAUAAUUAUUUUUGAUGAAUCAAUGCAUGUAGAUCACUCAACCCCCCCUUAAAAGACAAACAUAAGUUGCUGUGAAGUAACAGGACAAAAGACAUACUUUUAGCUCAGUAAUUGUUCUUGAUUUUUAAGCAUCACAAGUUUAUUUUUCUUCCCAAUGAGGUGCUACCAACUGUCUGUUUUCUCCUUUCUGACCUUUGACAUGAAAAAUAACAAAACAUGUUAUGUUGGCUUCCAGUUAAAUAGCAGAAUGUAGUAAAGUUGUCUUGUCAUAUUUUCAACUGCACACCUCUUUAGACAGUUUGCGCUUUUUAAAGUGGCAAUUGCAAAGAUUUUAGUCCUGGCUUCUUUGAAGACACCUGCAGUUACUGGUGGUAACAGCAAAUGUUUAAUACUACAAUUUAUACAAUUCUGGGGCAGCAAAACAAACUUAUUGUUUUAAUUAAGAAGUAGGGCAAUAACUUGCCUUUUUCCGUCAUUCUGUGAACAACCAUGAUCUAAUUUUAUGCUGCACACCACUCUGUGGAGAGAGGUGCAAAGCAAAGGAAGUUGGUAUUCUUAAUAAUCUGGAGGUGAGCAGCUUGUCGUCUGCAGCUCUUAAUCAAACUGCUUCAUUACUCUAUUACUCCCUGCAAUAUUUCAAAUUUAUCCCGUCAAAAAAUGCAAAAAAAAUCACAGUUCCGACACAUUUUUGAUAAACAUUAGCAGUAAAUUCUAAGCUCAUUGAAAAACACACUGCAAACAUUUCCUGUGGCUGCUUUAUAAUAAAAGUGAACUCCUGUAUCCCCCGUUUAAUGCUUUAAAUAUGAAGCUGCAACAUCAAGGAAACUGUGGUUUGCAUUAGCAGUAACUUCAUGCACCAUUUUUUCCACAAAUGACACCCUCAACACACAGUUCAUAGUACUGCAGAUAUAUAAAUAGUGAAACUUUUUCACCAGAGGGCCAUAGGCUCAAGCCCUCUUGUGCCAUCUUAUUCAGCAAUAGAGGAUUUAAACGUCCAGUCUUUAGGAUAGAGUGGCAAAAAUAGUUUAUAAUAUUCAUAACUAUGUUUUAUCAGUUUAUAACCACCUAAAAAUUAAAAUGGUUGUGUUUUUGUUACUUUAGAAUAAACUUAAUUUCUUCAUACGGAGUGGGUCCUCUUUCGCUUAGUUUGCCAUGUUGUUUCUACAGUAGCCCAGAUUGGACAAAUCAGACACUGGCUCUAGAUGGGGCCAUUUACGUUUCUGCGUUUUCCCUUUGGCCACCUUUGUUCACCUACACGCAUGGCACACGGGAGAAGUUUUAGUUCUGCAACCUCAUUGCUAAAUACCACUAAAUCCUACACAAAAGACCUUCAUCAGACAUGUAUUUAUAAAAAAAAAAAAUCUUUGAGAUUAUUACUUUAAAGGAGAUUUAAAAUGUGUCCUUCCCUUUUCCUAUUUGAGAGUAAUUUCUUCUUUUUUUUGUAUGCAAUAGGCAAAUGCCAAAAUAAAUUUCAGUUCAGUCCUAUUAAGAUUUUUUUGCUCACUGUGUAUUUAUGCAUUGUGUAACUUAAAUUGCAAGUAAAAUGCACAACAAGUUGCCUUUUUGUGUGUUUCACCUAAAAUAUAAAGCUUGGCUACACAAUGCUCUAUGUUCAAAGAAGAGCAAUAAUUACCUGUGAUGACAGCAGCAACAACAACUCCCUGCUGUGCCCUUCAAGGGAAAAUUCACACCUAGAACAAACUAUAAAAAGAUCUCAUUAAGUAGAGACGCGUGCAUGUGCAUACAUGUAAGAGGUGUGAAAAUGACAGCUGUAUUAUGAGGUGACACUGAGCUUGCGGCAUCUAACUUAAUAAAUAUUACUAGUUAUAUUAUUACUGUUUACUUAUAUUACUGUUAUCAUCCUGUUUUGCUUGGUUGUUGCCACACACUUGUGCAGAUGUCCACAAAUGUUUUCUAAUGAUACAGAAGAUCCAAACAGCAGCUUCUGAUCAGAUUGUCCAGUUAUGCAGUAAGUAGAUUUUUCAAAUCAUUUACUUGAGUAAAAGUGGCAAACCAGCACUGCAAAAGUACUCAAAUUACAAGUACAAGCAAUGCAUUAAAAUGUUUACUUAA